UAUUGUAGAUGUAGACGUCAGGUACGUGGAUGUGGAAGAUUGUUAGGACGAAAGUGGUAGUGGUAAUGCAUUCGUUGUGAUCCUUUCUUUUUAAGUUGACCUGCUAAUAGUAAUGACUGAUAUGUGGUGAACCUGUCGCACACCAAAAAUUGAUCCACAGAUAGAAUUUUAUAAUUCUCAUUAGAUAAAAUCUUGACAAUUGCUUGAAAAAUGGUGAAGGGACUGCGAAAAACUAGUAAAAAUCCCCCAAUUUUAAGUCAUGAAUUCAUCAUACAAAAUCACGCAGAUAUUGUGUCAUGUGUGGCUAUGGUAUUUGUUGUUGGAAUUAUGAUAAAGGCUACCGCACCAUUUGCUUCCAUUUUCGUUGCUCUCCAACAUAAUACAACUUAUCCCGAAACUGUAGAAGAUGUUCUAUUGUAUGCUCCAGGUAUUAAAGAUUGGGCAGCUAUUUUCUUUUAUAGCUUGAUUGCAGUUGUUGUUCAUGCUAUAUUCCAGGAAUAUUUAUUGGAUAAAAUAUCAAAGAAGUUGCAUCUUUCAAAGUCAAAGUUAGCGGUCUUCAAUAAUAGUGGACAACUUGUUGUGUUCUACUUGUUGUCAGUGAUAUGGGGGUUAGAUAUCAUCAUGAGAGAGCGUUACCUACCUGAAAUUUCAAGAUUAUGGAGCGAAUAUCCUGCACCCAUGAUUUUCUUCACAAAACUCUACUUUAUCGUUCAACUCUCUUACAGCUUACAUGAAUUGCCAGAACUUUACUUCCAGAGAGUGAAGAAAGAAGAAUAUCUUGGGAAGGCAUUGUCUAGUUUGGCUGGAUUAGUUCUAAUCUCAAUCCCAUAUUUUAUGAGUUUCAAUCGUUUAUUAGUUUGUCUCCUAGUACUUCAUCAUACUUCCGAACUUAUUUUCCAUAUAUCACAACUAGUGCAGACUGUGGACAAAGAUGAAAAACUCACCAAAGCAAGUACCCUUGUAUCUACAGCAUUGAGAUUCACUGCUAGAUUGGGAUCUAUUAUUAUAUCUGUUUUCACACUUUGGUACGGAUUGGCACUAUCCGAACAGAAAGAACUGAAUAUUCAGGAAGGUUACUAUAAUGUUGCACCAGUUCGUCUCUCGAUUCUUGGAGGAAUUCUCCUUUUACAAUUAUAUCUCAUAUUCAAUUUGAUCUCUGAUGAAAUCUCUAGAUCUAAGGAAAACAGUGCAUACAUUCCUGCUCCUAAAUCUAAAUCAAAGAAGGAAAAAUCAAAAAAAAAUAAGAAAAAUCAAGAUGAAUCAGACCUGCCUGAAGUUGACCAGAAUACAAAUAAGACAUUAAGAAAUAAACUAAAAACCAAAUAGAUUCAAGUCUUCCUUGUUUGAAGUGUUGUUUUUUAAACAUCAGUUAUUUUUUUUGUAAUUUUGAACUCCAUACAUAUUUAGUGAAUAUUUACAAUGUAAAUAAGAAUUUAUUUAUAAUAGCGGAAUUUUUAUCAGAUUGCUCAUAAGAUUUGAUUUAUUUUUUUAUGCGUAGAAUAUGAGGUUUAUCCAAUAUACUCCUUUCAAUCAUUUUUCGAUGGAAAUACAAAAACAUGACAAUUAA